AUGGCGAACAGUGCUGUAAUUCCAUUCCUGGUCACGAUGAUGCUCGUGACCGGGGUCUGCAACACAAUUCUCAAUAAGUACCAGGAUGGUGUACCAAAGGACAUGCAAUGUGUACGGAACUGCGACUCUUCGGAUCCCAAUGAGCGAAAGCUUUUUGAACAGCCUGUCAUUCAGACGGCACAGAUGUUUGUCGGUGAAAUGGGGUGCUGGCUUGUACUGGGCUUGUCGUUUCUCUACAAGCGGUUGAUUGCCCCGCGUCUUUCUCGCAAUGGAAACUCCCCGCUCCUCGCGGGCGGCUACCAGCCAGUGAAUGGCGAGGAUCGUGGGGCCAAUGACGACGACGAAAGCACGCUCAACGGACGUGCCGAUGGCCAAAACAAGGAUCAUGAAGAUGAUGAUCGUAUUCUGCUCCGUGGAUGGCGGGUCUUGUUACUUGCAGCGCCGUCGACCUGCGAUCUUACUGGAACGACCCUGAUGAACGUCGGCCUGCUCUUUGUGGCGGCGAGUAUCUAUCAAAUGACCCGUGGGGCACUGGUUCUCUUCGUUGGGCUUUUCAGUGUGAUAUUUCUUCGUCGCAAGCUUUAUCUCUACCAGUGGACUGCCCUCUUCGUUGUUGUCCUUGGUGUGGCCAUAGUCGGCCUUUCCGGGGCCCUCUUCGGUCACGAUACUGGUCAUGACCUCACCCAGGACGACGGUCUAUCUGCCCAUGUUGUUGCGGGCUCUCCAGACCCCGUGAUGACUGUUGUCGGUGUGCUGCUUAUUGCGGCGGCCCAGAUCUUCACUGCCUCGCAGUUCGUGCUGGAGGAGUGGAUUCUGGAGAACUAUGCCAUGGACCCGAUUCAGGUGGUUGGUUGGGAAGGUAUCUUUGGCUUCUCAGCUACUAUGAUUGGCAUGGUGAUUCUCUACCUGGCCGUGGGCCGGACUGACGCCGGUCGGUACGGCUACUUUGACAUGAAGGAGGGGUGGCACGAGGUCGUCACGAACCGUGCCGUGGCCAUAUCUAGCAUUCUGAUCAUGAUCAGCAUUGGAGGAUUCAACUUCUUUGGUCUCUCGGUCACCCGCAACGUCUCAGCUACCUCCCGCAGCACCAUCGACACUUGCCGCACUCUCUUCAUCUGGCUCGUGUCUCUUGGCUUGGGCUGGGAGUCUUUCAAGUGGCUUCAGGUGGUCGGCUUUGGACUGCUGGUCUAUGGUACCUUCCUGUUCAAUGACAUCAUUCGUCCACCUCUUAAGGCUUGCCUUCCCAGUCAUCGCCAGGAGGGCCGAGUUCUGCUUCCUGAGGAUCCCAUUGAGCACAUCUAG